AACGGACGAGAAAUUGGAUGCGGAAAAUAGCCCUGCUUGAGAAGAAGGAAAAGAGAGGAGCCAACCAAACAAAGGGCCAACUUUUCGGUGAAGGAUUUUUCUGAGAUUAUCAGUUUCAUGUGUCCCGCUGGGUUUGGUUCUGCUUUUUGAUUUGACCGUGAAGCAAGUUUUAUUGCCCCGUGCUGUGAAUGUUUAUUAGCAAGGAUUAUCAGAUUAUCCUUCUGCUGCUGUUGUUUUAGUGUGUGAAAGGGAAAGGUUUUUUCUUUGCAUGUCGCGGAAAAACACUCUAGUCGAAAUCGACAGGGAAAGUGAAAAUACGAUUUGAAAAAACUAGUGAAAAGAGUUGGUUGACCUAUUAGGAGGAGGAAACACGAUCGGGUGGAGCUUGGAGAAGAGUGGUACGUGAUACUUAGAGAGACGAUCAGUGCUGCAGCAGGCGGGUGUCGUUUUUGUUGUUCGCGCUAACAGGUCUAAAAGAGGUUUGUUUAAAAGACUACUGCCAGGAGAGCAACAGUAGCCGGUUCGGAAGGGUCAUCAGGUUUUAUUACAGUUUAUAACACAUAAAGUGGUUGUCCGUAUAUGUGACACUGUGUGUGAUACGUACGACCGCUCAAGUGGCGUUGAAGAGGCUGAAGUAAAAAUUUAUACAAUAAAAUAUACGACCGGUACGUACGCGCGCGGUCGACGACAGUGAAGCAACAAUUGAACCAAACUUGGCUGCAGUGUCGCGACUCGUGGUGAAUGCUGUGUAGGAUUGGCAAAACAAGUGCUUUAUCGUGAACACAGUCGGUUAUUAUUACGUUCCUGUUUUGCAGUUGGACGCGAUUGUUUGUUGCAACUUUACGAAAACAAUUCCUCGCUCGGGCUCAUCCCCUCCUUGCCGUGCCGUGCCCCAGAGCCGUGUAAUUGAGUGUGAUUUAAAUCACCCCACCCCGUGAAGCAAGGAAAGAAUCGCGAAAAACAACAAAAUUAUCCCGAAGUAACUGUUUGCGUGUGAGCGUUCCCUGUGCACCAGUCUAGAGCGGAGGGUGAAUGAACGCAGCCGGUCGAAAACAGACUGCAAUGAUAAAGUGAACAUCUUGCCGUUCAAACUGUGUGUGGAGCUUACUGAUCAUCGCAAACCAGUGGAUAAGUGACCUAACAUUGACUCCUAAUUAGUUCCGGCUCGAACCGUUCAACCGCCAAGUCCGGCCACCUUUUUACGUUUCGAUCGGCGAAGCAAAGGCAUCUUGGAGCCAUUGUUUCGGCAAGGCUUUCCCAUGUACUCCAUAGUGGACUGCGCCAACGGGAUGGGUCAGCUGGGGCAAGAGUACGGGCCAAAGAACCCGCUAAUGGACAACGCCGACCUGGACCACGUUACCAAGGUGAUUGCGUACCAUCCACGCUACCUGCAACAUUACCUGAACACACAGAAAUUUGUGUUGCAAUGCGAUGGACCGUUGCCGUUCGUGUAUCGAUCCUAUAUAGCCAUCAUGGCUGCCGCCCGCCACAAGUGCACAUAUCUGGUCAAUCUGUACGAGAAGGAUUUCCUGCUGCAUGGCGGUGACCGCAACUGGCUGAAAGGGCUGGAAUACAUUCCCACCAAGCUACGUGCCAUAAGCGAUAUCAACAAAAUUCUAGCUCACCGUCCAUGGCUUCUCAAUGUGGAGCAUAUAGAGUGUUUGACCAAAGGCCAAAAUAGCUGGUCCCUGGCGGAGGUGGUCCACGCCAUCGUUCUGCUGGCCCACUUUCACUCCCUGUCGUCUUUCGUAUUCUCCUGCGGUCUAACUCAGGAACUGGACACAUCUAGUCAAAAAAUUGGUAACAAUAAUAUUUUACUCCAAAAGACUGAAUUAGAGCAUCUGAAUGGGACAGACGCAAUUAGUAUACAGCAAACCGAGGUCACAGUGGACGCAUUGAUGCAACGCAUGAAGAAACUGUCGGAGAAGAGUACCGAAUGUACCGAAACGGAACUGAGUAAUCGUUUUAAAAACGUGGAGAUGCAAGCAGCCGAACUGCCCGCCGUAGUUUCGCGUGAAAGUGUUCCCGAAAUUCCGCAACAGAUCGGCCGCUAUGUGGACGACCCCAAUUUUACCUAUCAGGACUUUGCUAAGCGCGGAGCGGAGAACAUUCCGCAAACUUUUAGGAUACAGGACUACUCGUGGGAUGACCAUGGAUACUCGCUGGUGAAUAGACUCUACAACGAUGUUGGUUUCUAUUUGGACGACAAAUUUCGGGCGGCGUACAACCUGACGUAUUACACCAUCGCCGGCCGCACCAACGUCGAUACGUCCAAAUUUCGCCGAGCCAUUUGGAACUACAUUCAGUGCAUCUACGGCAUCCGGCACGAUGAUUACGAUUACGGCGAGGUGAAUCAACUGCUCGAUAGAACGUUGAAAAUGUUCAUCAAAACCGCUUGCUGCUUCCCGGAGCGCAUCACCAAGACGGACUACGAUAGCGUGCUGGUCGAGCUGCAGCACAGCGAGAAGGUCCACGUAAAUCUGAUGAUACUGGAGGCGCGAAAUCAAGCGGAAUUGCUGUAUGCGCUACGUGAAAUUAUGCGUUACAUGACAUGAUUUAGAAAGUCACUAAAAUGUGCGCGCACGACGGACGAGAUUCAGCUUGCAUAGAAAAGCAAACGGUUUUUUUUAUCAUGUAUGUAAAGUAGACAUUAAGUGUUGUAAUAGUGAAUAUAUAUUUUUAACUGUGUCUUCAGGCAACAGCAGUGAAACAGAGAAUUUAUACACAUCUAUGUUUACUAAUAUUCGUAUGUAUUUUAUAACAGCUGAGUAUAAGGCAGAAGUGUAAUGUGGAAAGCUGAAAGCUGAUAGGCAAGAGAGAGGAAUAUUCAUCUGGUGAUAUAAAUGUUAAAUUCAAAUAAGAGCAUCUUAGCUGGUCAGGCAUGUUUAGUAACAACGCUGCUAUCAGUCGAAACCAUUAAGCCAUAUUUCAAGAAAGAAAAAAAUCUACCAGAAGUGGCUGAUGUUCAGGGCAUUGAUUAAUUAUAGAUAAGUAGGGUACGGCAACUGCUGGUUGCGAGAUGCAAUCGUUAGUCGUUUGGUGUUUAAUUCAAGAGAACUCUGAUGUUCACUUCAAUUUCACCUUUACUAGCUAGGCGAAACAACAAAUUUUUCGAUAAUCACAGGAAAACAAAUCGCACAAUUACAACAAACUUCUACACAGUAGAACCGUUAGAAACCACUAGCAAGCAUGCUCGACGGUGUUUCGAAAUGUUCCACAUGCAUAAAUGAAUUGCUGAUUUGUGACAUUCAUUCAAAAUUAACGAAUGAUUCAUACUGAAUGGAAAAAAACAUCAUAGGAAGUAAUGCUAAAAUACACCAGUCAGCCUAGCAUUAUUUCCAAAAAAACAACCAACAAGAAAAAACGUGAAUAGAAUUAAACCUGUCGAACCUAGUCCAUGAUAGCUGACAGAAGGAAUCAAAACAGUUGAGAAAGUUGCACUCUUCAAAGUAACUAUGAAAUAACAACAAAACAGCCUGUACUGUAUUACCGAAUUCCAGAAAAUUGUCGAAGAAACAAAACGCAUGUGUUCAUAGUCAAGCAAAGAAGAUAAUGCUAGGUAAAACAGCUUUCCAACAAACCAGUCCAUUUGCUUAAAUUGUAACAUUUGAGCUUACCGGAAGCAGCAACGUCCGGAAGUUAGUUUCGCGCGUGUGGAGAGGUAGAAAUUUAAUAUACAAAGUAUGUGAUUCGAUUCUGAUGGAAUUUGUGCCAAAAAAUCUCUUUUUUUAUUACUAUGUGAAGAAUAGAUCCGAAAAUUUAACUAUUAAAUAACGUCUCCCCGGAGGAUUAGCAAGCGGUAACAAGCUACCGACUGCUUACAACUACCAAUAACAAAGCAACAAUUGUUGAGCAUUGAAAUGUAACAGAAUUAUUUUAUUAAUUAGGGAAGUUUCUACCUGUUUGUUCGUUUUGGCAAAGAAGUUCCACCAGAGGACCACCUGUUAAUUAACGUUUAAAUUUUUAUGUUUUGUUGAGAGCCACCUAUUUUUAGACAAAAACAAAAAUCUACCCGUUGAACGGAACAAAGGGAAAAAACCCACACCCCAUACUGUAUAGCAUUGCAGGUAUACUUUUGCAUCCAUAUUGUGUCGGACAACGCAACAACAAUGAUAAUCAAACAGAAUAGAACAGUGCAUGGCACAUAAAACUAAACAACAAAUGUGAGAUGUUAGAGAAAGAAGGAGAACGAGAGACAGAGGGAGAGAGAGAGUACACUUGAACCAGUUGAGCUGAAGAGUUUAUAUUCGUAACUACCUAAGCAAAGCUACCUUGAGAAUAAAUGAAAAG